CUGAGGGAGAAAACCUCAGUUGACCAGAGAGAGAUUCCAAUUCGCACUCUGAAACUGUAGGCUGAGGGAGAAAACCUCAGUUCACCAAACCCGAGUCUCUGAGCAUUAUUCUUCAUUUGUGCUCGAAAUUUCUGAUAUUGCUUAUUUAAUUUAAGCUGGGUGUCAAUCCUAAGUUGAUGUUCAACUCAGUGCUAAACUCGUCACUGUGUUGUUGUCACCACGAAUUAGUUUGAGUUGAAUUGUUUCCAAAACCUGAAAGCCAAGCGCAAGCAAGCAAAGCAAUUUCGUGAAGAAAUUUGAGCGAUGGACGGUUUUCAGAGCUCACAAAUGAACACAAGUCUGUUUUCGUCUAAUUCCAAGCAUCCAGAUGUACAAAAUAUGAAGGGUAGAGAAUCCAUGAAUACAGAUGACCUGUACAAUCAAUAUCAAAAUCAACAGCAGGGAUCUACCCUAGUACGGUACCGUUCGGCGCCGAGCUCCUUCUUCGCCAGCCUUAUCGACGACGGAGGGGAGGAGGAGGAGGAGGAUCUUCUGAAUCGCCAAUCCUCCAGUGGAUCCGAAUCAAUUUUCGAGACAACAGCAGAAAAGAAGCAGUAUUCUUCGAUUUACGAAACUUCACUUGACCGCCGUGAUUUUGUUAAUCAAAAUGAAUCUUGGGUGACCAGUACAUGUGGUGGUGGGGGUGGUGGUGAUCUACAGGGUUUUUACUACAAGGAUGAUAUGGCAAUGGAGAAUAAUAGUAUUAUGGAGCAUGGAAAGAAGAGUGGUGGUGGUGCUGUUGGUGGUGGUAGUAGUAAUUGCUCCAAUCUUAUCAGGCAGAGCAGCUCUCCGGCCGUGUUUUUCUCCGCGUUGACUGCUGAUACUGGCUUUGGAGAUAUGAAAGAUGUGGGAAGUUUUAAGGCAGGAAAUGGAACCAAUGGAAAAGCUAGCACAAGCAAUAGGUUUAACGGGAUUAUAAACUUCUCAUCUGGACCAUCUUCUUCCUCGAGGUUCAUGCCUAAGAUAACUGAAAGUGGAAAUGGAAAUGGAACCAUAGAGGCAAGUAGUCCACAGACUAGAUUUCAAAAUGAUUCUUGGACUGUCACUGACCUAAAAAGAAACAGAGAUGACAACGAGAGUCAACUUUUUGGUUUCAACGCUUUGAAUGGGGACUCUAGCAGUUAUGCUAGGGGUUUAACUCACCACUUGAGCUUGCCAAAAACUUCUGCUGAGAUGGAUGCUGUAGAAAAGUUUUUGCAGUUUCAACAAGAUUCCAUCCCUUGUAAGAUCCGUGCUAAAAGAGGUUGUGCAACACACCCGCGAAGCAUUGCAGAGAGGACGAGAAGAACACGAAUUAGUGAAAGAAUAAGGAAACUGCAAGAGCUUUUUCCAAAAAUGGACAAGCAAACAAGCACGGCAGAUAUGCUAGAUUGGGCUGUUGAAUACAUUAAAGACCUCCAAAAAGAGGUUAAGACACUCACGGAUAAGGAGUCAAAGUGCACAUGUUCUGGUGAGGGAAAACAGGUUCCAAAUCCAACCUUGUGACUUGCCCUUGUACAGGAAGUAGAAUGCAAACAUGGAGAUGUUAAACAAGAAGAUUGCAAAGCAAACUAACCUAUCUUAAUGCUGGUGAAACGGUAAAAAAAAUAGGCCUGUAGGAGAAGCUGGUUUAAUGUUCACCAUUUAAGCUGGAUCAAGUUGGUUGAAACUGUGAUUGUAUAGCUUUAUGUUACUUUUUGGGAAUUGUAGUUGCUUCGCCGCAACCUAACCUCUUAGAAAGGUUCACACCCCAAGCGUAGGGCUAGGUCGUUGAAAGCAUAAUAACCGGUAAGACCGGAAUCGUUCCCACAGAGAAAUCUUCUUUAGCGAAUUUGGAUUAGAUGUUGCGUA